CCCUGCAGACUUAUCUCGAUAAGAACGUCCUGAGUGACCCUUGUUAUUUGCCUCCAGCGGACUAAUAAUACAAUUAUUCCCGCAAUUGCUAUUAAUAUGCCGUCAUUACUUAUUGAUAAAAUACGCUUUCUGCCAUUGGCUCUAUCAUUUCGAAUACUACAAAUUCGGAGUCUAUCCAAAAGACAUCACCUGACUAUUGCUCUUAAAGUUACCAGAAAGGCUUCUUUGAGAAAAUGGACAUCGUGGCUAAUUACCACCCGGUGUUCAAAGCGUUCCUCGCCGGUUCCUUCUCGGGAACGUUCAGUACAAUACUGUUCCAACCGUUGGACUUGGUGAAGACGAGGUUGCAGAACCCCGGCCAGCAUGUUGUUGCGGCGACAGUCAACAGCAGAAUUCAACCCGGCAUGAUAACAAUAUUCGUGAACAUUGUACGCCAAGAGCAGAUCAUCGGUCUAUGGCGUGGAAUGGUCCCGUCCAUAGCCCGCUGCGUUCCCGGCGUCGGCUUAUACUUCUCAUCCCUCCACUGGCUGAAGACUAAGCUGGGGAAGACCAGACAGGACUUGGGAGCUAUGGAAGCGGUCGCGCUGGGGGUCAUAGCGAGGACCAUGAGCGGUGUUGCGUUGAUACCUAUGACUGUUAUUAAAACUAGAUACGAAUCAGGAGUGUACAAAUACAACAGUCUCGGUGGUGCACUGAAGGCGAUAUACAAAGCCGAAGGCUUCCGAGGCUUGUCUUGUGGCCUGGGACCCACAUUAGCGAGGGACGCACCCUUCUCUGGGCUCUACCUUAUGUUCUACACGCAGGCGAAACAGGCAAUUCCUAAAGAAUGCCUCCAAUCACCAGCUACGGCCAGUAUAGUGAAUUUCUCGUGCGGAAUUGUCGCCGGUAUAGCAGCGUCCCUCGCCACCAACCCCGCGGACGUGUUGAAGACCAAUAUGCAACUGUACCCGGACAAGUUCCCCAACGCCUUCAGCGCAGCUGUCUAUGUGCAUCAGACUUACGGUAUAAAAGGCUACUUCAAAGGCGCAGUACCAAGAAUGCUGCGCAGAACUCUGAUGGCAGCUAUGGCUUGGACAGUUUUCGAAGAAAUAACGCGUUCAAUAGGUUUGAAAUAGCCACAUAUCAAAUGCACGUUUACGCGUGUUAUUAUAAGUUAAUUGACCCUCGUUAAGUCUAUCACCAUAGAUAGUACCACGUAAAAGUAGGGUAGCAUUGUGACAUUAUCGUAGCUUGAAGAUUUAUGAUUUAAAUUUCACGAACUGCUUCAUCAAGGAUGCCAUAUGCUGGACAUAGGUAUUUUCAAAUUUUUCAAAAUGUUCCACGUAAAGAAAAUAGGUUAGCAUUGUGAUAUUAUUCUAGUUCGAAGAUUUACGAUCAUAAUUUCACGACAUUCUUUUUAUUAUCAUACUAGCUGUUGCUCGCGAUUUCGUCUGCUUUUGAUUUUGUUUUUUUAUGUGGCAUUAAAUUAAACUGUAGUUCUAAAAAAACGUAACGUAAUUUAAAGUAUUCAGUAUCGCUAAGACAAAGAUCUUUUGUAGAGGUUACCUAAUUACCAAAAUCCUGCUUAGUCUUAUUUGGUAACAACUGUCCAACUAGUAAUGUCUAUAUUUUAACCCUGCGUUUUCCGUUGCGUCGACGAUCCGACACCGCGGGACUAGACUGUCCUUCAAUAUUAUUACAAAGAUGGACAGACGUCGUCCACAGCUGGACAGUUGUCUUAUAACAUUUUUCUCACUGUCUUCUGCCGCUUGCCUCGAGCGACCUUAUUUCAUCCAUCCACCAACACAAAUCUCGAAUUUCCAUUCAUCCUAUUGACAUAAUAAUUGAGAAAAUUGUCUAUCUUUCAUCACUGGUAGUAAAAUUUUAAGUUUAAUGGUUAAAUCUUAGUUAGUGAUUUCUUUACAGUUAUUCGUACAUAAAAAUAUUUAUUUCGAAUCAUUAUUAAUUAAUUUAUUCGAAGCAAGUAGCCAAAUCAAACUAGGCUUUGGCUUUUAAGCUAUUUUGUUUUCCCAAGACGUUGAGGAAACAUUUUAUCCAGUUUAAGGAAAUGUUCAAUUGUCUAUAAAUUAAGAAAAAAAUAGAUGUUAUAACAAACAGCUCAAAAAGCAUUAGUUUAUUGGUUAAAGUGUUCCUUAUCUCCAUUGUUUUGUUAUCUAUGUUUGUUAUUUUAUUUUUUAUGUGUAUUUUGGUACUAGUGUGUAGUAUAUAUUUUAUGUUAUCUUAGUAUAAUGUGUUUUUUCUGUUACUCUUAUCGUUAUUUUAAUCAAUGUGUUACUUUUAAAGUAUCAUGUUUAAGUCGCAAGUUGUAUUUAUUUUUUCUAUUAUGGAAUGUACAUUUUGCUAUAAAUUUA